UAAUUACUGUCAGGUUUUGUCCACUUUAGGAAUGCUGUUCCUUUUAUAGCGUAGUUAUGGAAAUCUUAUUAUACCGUCUUUUCGAGAGAUAUUUUGAAAUUAUAACAUAUUAACAUGUUUGAGGAAUAGUUAUCAUCUGUGAUUUUUCUUAUAAGUUCGAUGAUGUCAAGAACAAUGGAUUCAUUUGUCUAUCAUCUUGCAGUUUAUACAAUUAUUUGGAUGGUGUUUCAUUUACCGAUACAACACAAUUGUAUGAGAUUACCACGGUCCGGAUUGCAUGUUUUCCCGGUUGAUACCUGUCCUAGAAACCUGUCUGAAGUCGAGGCAGCCUCUCGCAGACUCAAUUGUUCUGGGAUUGAGGAGUUCGAAUAUGUCUACCAUUGUCUCCCGCGCUUUGAUCUCUCUCAUCUUGUCGAAUUCUGCUACGAUGCAAUCAGUGGGUGGAUCGAACCGGGGAAUUGUAUGGUACUCCAUACCCUUACUCUGAACAACCACCCGUGCAAGUACUUUACAAAAGGUUGUCCCAACAAACCGUACCUAGCGAAGGAAAUGUACAACUAUCCGGCUUGCAUUGACAUAGACAGACAAAAGAAAUGUUAUCUAAUGGACCCCAACUGUACAUCGAUUACUAGUACACCCGAAACAACUCCUGAUGAUGGUGGGUGGGGAUGGAUAGCUGCACUAGUGAUGACAUCCAUUGCUGUGCUGUGUUUCGCAGUAUUGAUCAUCAUCAUCAUCAUCAUCAAAGAACAUCGGCGAAGGAUGUCGAGAUCACAUCGGAGCUCCGAACAAGAUCGAAGCAACAAUGAAAUGGAGAUCACCCCUCUGAUUCCUGUCAACAACAAACCACCACAUGCAGGCGAGUUUUUAUAGAGUAGUCAGUUUUCCUAAAACUCAAAAGUUCGGGACACCAGUGUAAAUAUAUCAAAGUUUUAAAUGUGCGUUAUUUCGUACUUAUAAAAGUAAUCUGAAUUCAAACUUUACUUUCAUGUAUACAUUGUAUGUACAGGAUGUUCCUAUCUCAUUAGUAUUGGUAUUUCUGUAACGUAGAAAAAAGUGUUCUUUUUCAUAAAAGAAUAUUCAUGUACGACUUUAUUUACACUUAUAAAUUAUACGAUAUCAUAUCAAUAUGAUACAAGAAAUUGGUUGUCGAUCAUAUAAAUACAUAAUUUACUCUAGUAUCAUGUAUUUUCUUUCCUUAUUCUACAUCCCGUCUAGAAUUUUUCACCCGUAUCGAGACGUCACCAGCUGUAGGUGAGAUAUCAGAAAUCAGACCUAUGUUUAGCGCUCAGGACCGUAGCAGGGUGGGGUCUUUAAUGUGUCAACGCCUGUCACGACACAGGACCUCCGUUUUUAAGGUCAUAUUGAAAAAUCCGUGGCACUUUCUUCUAAAUGUGGCGUCUUUGGGGAAGAAGCAACCUUUUUGUAUGUUAACGUUUCGUUUCGUGCAGCAGUGGCACGAGUGGGACUCGAACACACGACCCUGCGAUUAACAAGCUAACACUCUACCGCUGAGCUACUUGUCAAUUUACAAGAAAUGCAUCAUUUACAAACAAAGCAAUAGCCACAAAAUUAAUUUAUUUCAUGAAAAGGGAAAAAACUCUGCCAGACCCAUUACUGUAGACACUGUGACGUGUUGUAAUAUCGAAGGGAAUAUUUUCUGUUGUGUUGAUGUUCAAUACGUGAUAGUCUAUUGACCAACGUUGAUGUUUCUAUUAGUAUCGUAUACGUGUAUUCUAUCUCCAUAUUUGUAGGUAAUGAAGAAUUAGAGGGUAGAGGAGAAUCGCAUGAUAAUCGUAAGCAUUCAGAUCAUCCGGGUCUAUCGGAUGGUAAAUGUCAGUUUCAUGAAAAAGUGAUGACAACGACCAAUCACUUCAACUUGCAGCCAUCUUUUUUCUAUAUUUUAUCAUCUUCCUGUAUUAGCUAUAGUCUAUACGAAAUAUAUUCAAAUAACAAAAAAUAUUUUAUUUAAAACAACGAUCAAACGCAUAAAAAGCGAUUUCUUUGAUAUGAAAUAAGAUAUACUGUGUAUAAAAUGCACCGUGUAUUGGUGAAACAAAACAAAAUGAUUCAUUAAUGUCACUUGGUCAAUUACUACUUAAAUACCUGCAGAUCGGUAUGCAAUAGUUAAUUGUAUGUGCGUUAAAUGUGCCUUAUGUUAGUAAUUCACAUCACUUGUUUCACAUGGUAAGAAUAUGUGUUAAGGUACUAUUUUCGGAAAGCACUAUUUUAAAUUGAAAUGUACAUAGAUUUUAGAGGGAGUUCAUUGAGCUUGAAUACGUAUACAUGAAUUCUGGCAUUGAAAAUCAAUUGACUGUAAUGAGAUUAUAAAACAUGUACAUUUAAGGAAGUUGGCUCCUGAACUUUUAAGCACAACUGCGCAGGAUGCUAUGUACUAAGUAUUUAGUGGUUAGUACUGAUCCCAUUCAUGCAAACACAUUGCACAUAUAUUACUGGACCCUAUCCAGUUGAAUAAAUUGUAUGAAAUGGAAUGAGGACGACAUCCUGUUAUGCGCACGAAGGCUAAUAAAACAGUUGAAAAUAAAAUUUGAAAAAAAAACACGCCAUUACCGUUCUCAAAAGUAUUUCAAAAUACCGGUUCUUUUGGAUUCAAUCUUGAAAAUGUCAGUUAAAUUGAUAUUUCUUCUAAGAAAACAAUUGCAAUAUAUUUUCUUGUUUGCUAUUUACAGUCAUUGUUAGACACAGAUUCAUGUAAUCUUUUUACAAAACUACUAUCAUAUUUGAACAAUUCAUACAGAAAUUUCAACUGGUUAUGAUCGGAUAAUGUGAUGUAUAAUCCUAAUGACGGUUUGUAUUUGCAAAUUAGAUCAUUGUCACGAACAUGGAAUUUACGAAAUGCUGACUUUAAACGAAAAUUGCAAUUCAAGCAAACAUCCCGGUUUAACAGGUAAUAUCAAUUUCUUGUUAUAUUCCACUAUUCCUUUUUAUAGAUGAAAUGGAGGGCACCCGUCUGAUUCCUGUCAGCAACAGACCACCACAUGCAGGCGAGUUUUUAUAGAGUAGUCAGUUUUCCUAAAACUCAAAAGUUCCAGACACUAGUGGAAAUGUAUUAAAGUUUUGAAUGUGCGUUUUCUCAUACUUAUAAAAGUAAUCUGAGUUCAAACUUUACUUUCAUAUAUACAUUGUAUGUACAGGAUUUUGCUAUCUAAGUAUUGGUAUUUCUGUAACUUAGAAAAAAAUGUCCUUUUUCUUAACGGGAAAUUCAUGUACGACUUUAUUUACACUUAUAAAUUAUACGAUAUCAUAUCAAUAUGGUACAACAAAUUGAUUGUCGAUCAUAUAAAUGCAUAGUUUUACUCUAGUAUCACGCAUUUUCUUUUCUUAUUCCAGGAUUUUGCUAUCUCAUUAGUAUUUUUAUUUCUGUAACGUAGAAAAAAGUGUCCUUUUUCAUAAGGGGAAAUUCAUUUAUGAUUUUAUUUACACUUAUAACUUAUACAAUAUGAUACAACAAAUUGAAUUGUCGAUCAUAUUUUACUACAGUAUCAUGUAUUUUCUUUCCUUAUUCUACAUCCCGUCGAGAAUUUUUCACCCAUAUUGAGACGUCACCAGCUGUAGGUGAGAUAUCACAAAUCAGACCUAUACUUAACGCUCUGGACCCUAGCAGUGUGGGGUAUUUAACGUGCCAACGCCUGUCACGGCACGGGACCUCCGUUUUUAAGGUCAUUUUGAAAAAUCCGUGGUUCUUCCUUCUAAAUGUGGCGUGUUUGGGAAAGGACCAAUCUUUUUAUAUGUUAACCUUAAAUUUCGUGCGGCCAUGGCAUGAGCGGAACUCGAACUCACGACCCUGCGGUUAACAAGCUAACGCUCUACCGCUGAGCUACUUGUCAAUUCACAAGAAAUGCAUC